GUGUGUAUUUACAUCUGCCUUUCAAAAAUGAAUCUAAUAUUAAACCAACCAGAUCUGCUUUGAUUGUGUUGAUAAAGCAUCCAAUAUCUGAUCUUCCUUAUAGCUGAACCGAAGGCUUUAGAAACUCAUGUGUAUAAAGUUGAGGGAUAUCAUUUUAGCAUGUUUAGAGGAUAUAAUGUGCGCAUAAUGAAACAGUGAGUGAUGGAAUUCAAUUUCUUUGGUGUUCGUUGUGUGUUUUUUCCUAGCUGUGUAUUCAUAUCCAACAGAGAGCCAUGUUAUUCAGAUAUUUACGCAGUAGUCAGUGAGGAUCUGUAUGAAGUUCAUUGAGGAGUUCCCCUCGCCUCUGUUGAUUGUGGAGAGAGUUACUCAAUCUUGUAGUGGAAACAUGACUGUAAUUUGCUAGGAUCCUGUGUAUGAAGACUCACCAAUGACUGAUCCCCAUGUGUCUGCAAAUGGGAUGUGGUAGGAGUAAACCGCACUUAAACCACAAAUCCAGCGAGGAAGGGGAAUCGACAGACAAAAAGAGCAAGCAGAAGAAGUCUCUUAAUAAGAAUGACAAGUGUGUCUGCAACCCAGGGAACAAAGUGGGUGACACAAAAGACAACAAUGAAGUAUCUAAGCCUGCCCCGAACAAACGGAAGGACUCGGGGAUGUUCAAGCUCCCACAGAAAGGUUCAGGGGCACUGUCCUCUAACGGGGUCCAGAAGGUGACACAGGGACAGGAUGGUAAGAAAUCCAAACUUGAUAAUGGUGUGCCAAAUAUAACUCAGCAAAAAGUCAGGGUAACAAAUAGCCAGCUGGACUUUUUCAGAAUGUUGGAUGAAAAAAUUGAGCAGGGCAGAGAUUAUGAAACAGAUGAAGAAUCUGAGAAAACAAAUGAAAAAGAAGAGCUUUCAAGUGAACAGUGAGUGAAUGUGUAGCCAUGUGUACUUGAUCAUCAUUUGGACGAAUGAGCAGGCACAUUAUUUCGAGAACACCAGAGAUUUCUUUUUGUUUUAUACACAGAAGUAUGUGGAUUUAUUUUAUUGGACAUGUUUAUACAUGAAAGACUCAAGUGUGUGUAAAUGGAUGAUUCAUGCAAAGGGGAUACUGAAAUGGAAUGUCGAACUCAAUUCCUGGCUACUUUAUUGAUGAGAAGCUGUGAGCUAAGGUGUCUCCCUUAUGUACUAUGAUUGAUGCAAAUAUUCCAAAAAGAAUGACCAUUAAGGCACCACAGACAAACCAAAAUCACAAUAUGAUAUCAAUUUUAAUUUGUUAGUUUAUCUCUAAAAACAGAGAAAAACUAAGUAAUAUGGAAACUGUAAUAGUCUUUAAGUACAUGCAGGUUGUCAUGGCUAGUCCAUGUUAAGUUUUCACACAUAUGGUUCAUUAUGUAAUUUUCACUACCUGUAAUAUUCAUAAGGUGUGAUGCACUGUCAUAUGCUAUGCAUAUAUUUGAAUGCAUAUACCUAUUUUAGCAAAUUUUUUUCCAACUUAUAAUACUGAUAUAUUUCUAGUUUUUAAUAAUAGUUGAACCAUCUGUCAGUAAAUUAUGUGCACUCAUUAACAAUUAAUCAUAAUGCAAAUAUUAUCACUUUUCUAACAAUUCAUACCGGUACAUUGAUUUGUCAUAAUAUUGUAUAUCAUAAUUCUGAAAGGGUAUUUUAUUGAAAAUAAGAUCAGUUAAUCAUAUGUGUAUUAAUUUUUCAAAGAUAUAUUUGGGGUCCUGCAUAAAAUAUUCAUAUAUGCUUUCUGUACGUGAUAUUUUGUCAUCAAGGACACCUAAUGUACUGACAUUAUAAACAUGUUAGUCCAAGUUGAUGUGCAUCUGCCGAUUCAUUGAGUGGACAAUAAGAGUUCAAGCCAGUACGUAGGAAUGUUACCUUGAUAUUAAGUGGAGCUCCAUGUAUCAUUUCAGUCAUAUUGUUUGAAAAAUUGUCAUCUGAUCCUGAUAUAACUUCAAAUUGUAAGGCUAGAUCAGUCUUUUGAGUCAAUUACUAGAUGGCAUGUCGAUUGCAUUUCUAUUCAGUAGGUCCAGUAGAGAAGGAUAUUGACUUCAUGGAAUUAUCAUAGAACAAUUAUACAGAUUUUCAAUAGAUUUAUUGAUCAAUAAAAUUGAAAGUUUUUUGUUAGAGACAGGAUAAAGGGGGUUAACUCUACAUUCUGUAUGUGCAAGCCAGGUUUCGUUUUCAAUACACCUAAUAAUCCUUGGUUGUUGGAAAAGGGCAUGAUAUAUGGUAGUGAAAAUUUUCUAUUUGACUUAAUACUCUUGCUUGAAUAUUAGAACAUGCACACUCUCUCUUACACUCAAAGUAAUAAUAUAGUGUUAAAGGCAUUCAUUCAACAUUGCUUUGAUUUGUGUUAAUAUUUAUGGACAAAUAACUUCACAAUGAUCUCAAACAUUCAUUCCCAUAUGUAAGAUGACAAUCUUAGUAGAUUAAUUUACCAAUAUUGAUAUUGUGUUUGCACAGCUAGCUACCUAAUUUUGCUCAUACUCUGUAGUUUUUAUAUGUCUGUAUUCAGCAAACAUUUUGAACCAUCCUCAGAAACCUAUGCCAGUUAGUGAUGGACCUCAGGUUUCUGAUGAUGAGUUUGGAAAAGAUUGCUCAAAAUUUGCUUAACAUGUGGUUUGGUACUGGUCAGCAUAGAUAAAGCAUGAAUAAAAGACCAACAGUUGAGGAAAUUACUAAUGCAAUUCUAGAUACAUCAUCCUUACAAUUGAAAAAUUAGUUUGUGUCAUCAAGGAGGAGCAUUACUGGUAGGACCUCAGCCUUCAUUGAUUAUAUGGCAUUGAAGUGAACACACUUUUUCUUCAGAUUAUUGAUACCCUCUGUGAUAGUCUUAAAGGAAUCAUUGUGUAUUCUGAAUCAAAGUUAAUCAAAGUAAAUUAGUUAAAACAGAUAUUCCUCAGUCUUAUAAGUGAAUUUUCAUAAUAAUGGAUACAGUAGGCAAAACUAUACUUUUAUUAUCUAAAUUCAUUUAAUAUAGUUGAAGUUAUUUUUUUUUUUUUUUUUACAAGGUGUGAUUAAUAUAUGGUUUACACCUAUAAACAGAUGUUUUAAAAAUUGAUGUACCUGGUAACAGAUAUCUGCAGUUCAUCUAUUGUCAUGAUUUUUAGUGUUUUUAUUUACUUUUGUAAAUGUUUGUGCAAUAUGUAUAUUAUAUUUAUUUUGAUUGAAAGACUUAGCAGAGUUUCAACCCAUGUCUUAAUUGAUACUUUUCCAAUGUGUUUUUCGAUAUCCAUGGCAUGCAAAGGAUUGACAAUUAUUGCAUAACUUUUCUCUUGGGAAUUUUCUCAGGCUUUUGAUUACUCCAAGUUGAUAGAUUCCCUAAAGUUUGUGUUUUAUGAACAGAAAAUUCUUAAACUCAAAAAUAAAUAUCUGGUGGUAUUCAUGAGAGUGAAGACUAAUCAAACACCAUAUUUUAUUCACUUUAGUUAAUUUCAUUGACUGCAAGAUUUUAAAUUUAUGUACUUGUAUUUUUUUAUGUUUCAUUCCAAUUGAUUUUAUCAUAAUUAUAUGCAAUAUAUUUAUAACACAUAUUAGGAAAAAAAAAACUACUCGUAAUGUCUUUUAGAGUUCAUAUUUUCUGUCUUACAAAUACUUGUAUGUCUCUUUUUGUAGAUUGAUAUUUGCUGCAUUCCAAAUUAAUUAUUUUUAAAAAUGGAACAUUUAUAUAUAUAUUAUAAUACUUCUACCUGUUUAGGUAACAGUUUUUUUGUCAAAUUGUAAAAAUUGAAAAUGUUUACCAUUGGCAGGAGAUACUGAUUGAUUGAUUGACUGAUUUUAGAGGGAUGGUAAACCUGGCAGUUGUCAUUCUGAUGGCAAUUUUUUUUUCAGACAAAUAUUAAAUCCUGAUAUUUUUCAUUUUGAUUGUCAAUCCUUCUGUAUACAAUCUCAAAUAUUGAAUUCUAAUGAUUCCACAGUAUGUUUUUAUGUUUCAUUUACUUAAUUUAGUUUAAGUUUAGUUUCAUUUAGUUAAGUUUACAUACACUGUUUAUUUACACCAAGAGUGUCAGCUUUUUCAUGUAGAUUUUAUAUUGAAGUUUUCUUAAAUUCUUAAAAACUUAUUUCACAGUCAAUUGUUUUAAAAGUAUUUUACAGUGCAUUGAUAAGGACUAUAUGUAAUAAGAGUCAAAUUUGGCCGCCAUAAAUCAACAAUAGUUCAAGUGAUACAGCAGUACCUUAAAUGUUUUUUUUUAUAGGAUGCAGAAGAGUUGAUUUAAGAUUUAAUUUUUUUAUCCAUUUAAAUUGUCUAAUUUAUUUUCACUCAUUGGUAGCAAAGGACAGGAAGGAAAGGAAACUUUGUUUUGCAAUUCAGUCAAAAUAAAACAAAAAAGUAUGCAUUUUUGAAAUUAUAAAUGUUGAAUGGUUAAUGCAGAGUGCAGCUUUGACAAACAAAAUUUUGGGGGAUUAAUAAAUCUUUUAUGAAAAUAUAUUACUUCUUAAACCCAUCGCUCAAUGGUUCCUGGAAGAAAAAAAAACUUGUUGAAAAUAAGCAGUCUUUAAAAAAAAAUUUGCAAUAAAGUUAACAUUUUAUGUCUUUUUUCCAAUUUGAGGGUAUUUGUAUUAAAUCAACAUUUUUGAAACAUAAGUAAAUCAAAGUUCAAAGCAAAGUAUUAAAUUCAUUUUAGGCUUUCAAUUUAGGCCCUUGUCAUAUAUAGAUCUCUGAUGAAGAUUCUGCAAGUUGUGGCCUUUCUUUGUAGUUAGUACAUGUACACUUUAUUCAUUUUAUUGGACAUGUCAAGGAUUCAAUGGCCCCUUCUUUUUUCUCAGAGAUUUGUAAUAAGUUUCCACGAUUACCAUGUUUACAAUCUAUUAUUGCUGGGUUUUAUUAUUUUUGAUUUGUAGUGUAUGAAUAUGUUGUUGUUUUGUUUGGUUCUUUUUUAAACUUUAUUUAAGUAAGUUGCAAUAGAAAUAAUGCUCAGUAAACUUGCUAAAUAGUCUUCAAGUGAAUUUGCAUUUAAUAUAAUUUAUAAAGUGAUAUGUAAUUGUAUUUGCUAAUUGAAGUAUACAGUGCAAUUCAUAGCAUAGCUGUGUGGGUUUUGUAUUUCGUUUUGACAUGGAUUUUGCAUUUGUUAUUCAAUUACACUGCAAAAUAUACCAUAUUUACAAACAACAAUGGUUCAUGGAAAAUGACAUUACCGGUAUAUAACAUGAUUUAUUACUACAUAGCUUCAUGUUCAAUUAAUUUUUAACCAAAUUACAUUUAUAUACCUUUUUAUUUAAAAUCAUUUGAAUAAAAUAAGAACCAUUUAAAUUUUAAAGCAGUAAGAGCUGCAAUUGAAAGAAUUUGAAAAACUGACACUUGAGUAAUCUUUGAAUACUGUAGAUUCCAUAAUAUAUAUGAGUACUUAAUUCCGCGAUUCAAUCGUUUUAGCAUCAAAUCGUGAGAAUAUAAAAUCGUGAAUGCCAAAUUUUUAUCAUAGUUUCAUUUACUUUACAUCUGUCUAAAAUAUUAAAGCACAAGAUAUGCUUCUUGCAAUUUUCCAGGGAUAAUAAUUCCUGGCAUAUAAUUAGGAAUCUACAGUAUAUUUUUCUCUGUUCUAAUAUUCCCACAGAUUAGGUGUGUAAACUGCAGGAUAAAUGUUUGUUAGGGAUUGCAACAGUUUUUACUGGAUCCUGCAAACAUGACUCUAAAGAUAGAGAAAAAAUUGACUACUUUUUUCUUCUUUUUUUUUUAAUCUUUCAGUUGAUUGUAGCCUAAAUCAAAAGUGAUGUGCUCUCUAGUGUAUAAUUGACACAGACACACAUAAACACACACCAAAAUCUCUCUAAAUCUCUCUCUCUCUCACACACACACAGGUUAACUUGAUGUGCCAUUGUCUGUGAGGGUAGGCUUGAUGUGAAUGACUAGUUCAUACUAUGACAUUUUUUUAUACUGUAAUUAUUUUGUUGUCUGCCAAAGAUGGGUUGUCUGUGAUCUUAGAGUUUCUAUUAUUUUUCAGAUGUCUUUCUCCAUUUCUUUUUGUUAUAAUUGCUUGUUUUCAUAUGUAUAGCAGAAAUAAACUGUUUCAUAAAUGGAGGAA